AUGAGUUUGAUUCACAGAGUCCUUCCUCCAUAACAAGUAAAUAACGUCAGUCAUACAGUGCAUGUGUGAGCGGAGACACAAUCUGCUCCCCCUAGCAUUGAGCCGCUGGGCUGGACCUUAUGAUCACAGACCAUCCAUGUGAAGAGCGCGGCGGGGGGGACAUAUACAAACUGCACCGAGCUCGCCCCGGAGCACCCGAGCAGACCACUAAAUCCCUGCGAACCGCCAUGAAACGAUCACGGCUACCCAGCAGCAGUGACGACUCUGAUGACAAUGGCAGUCUCUCUACAUCCUGGUCCCAACAUUCAAAGUUGCGACUUGGUAGAAGUUCUCAACAUGAAGACAGAAAACCUUCUGAGGUGUUUCGUACAGACUUGAUCACAGCCAUGAAACUGCAUGAUUCCCACCAACUGAACCCUGAGGAUUAUUAUGUGCUGGCUGACACAUGGAGACAAGAGUGGGAGAAAGGUGUGCAAGUGCCCGUGAAUCCUACUACUGUCCCUGAACCUAUGGCGAGGGUAAUAGCUGAGAAGGACAAGGCAGUCACAUUUACAAGACCCCGCAAGUACAUUCAUUCUUCAGGGUCUGAGCCCCCAGAGUUGGGAUAUGUUGACAUCCGGACACUGGCGGACUCUGUCUGCCGUUAUGACCUGAAUGAAAUGGAUGUUUUCUGGUUGGAGCUAGUUAAUGAAGAAUUUAAAGAAAUGGGUAUGCCAGAGUUGGAUGAGUACACCAUGGAAAGAGUGAUGGAAGAGUUUGAACAAAGGUGUUACGACAACAUGAACCAUGCAAUCGAAACAGAGGAAGGUCUUGGCAUAGAGUACGAUGAAGAUGUUGUGUGUGACGUUUGUCAGUCUCCCGAUGGCGAAGACGGAAAUGAAAUGGUCUUUUGUGAUAAAUGUAACAUCUGUGUACACCAGGCAUGUUAUGGCAUUUUGAAGGUGCCAGAAGGAAGUUGGCUGUGUCGGACGUGUGCCUUGGGGGUGCAGCCUAAAUGUUUGCUUUGUCCUAAGAAAGGUGGAGCCAUGAAGCCUACACGAAGUGGCACUAAGUGGGUCCACGUCAGCUGUGCUCUGUGGAUUCCGGAGGUUAGCAUAGGCAGUCCUGAAAAGAUGGAACCAAUCACUAAAGUGUCUCACAUCCCGAGCAGUCGCUGGGCCCUAAUUUGUAGUCUGUGCAGUGAGAAGAGCGGUGCCUGCAUACAGUGUUCCAUUAAGAACUGCCGCACAGCAUUCCAUGUGACUUGUGCGUUUGAUCGUGGUCUGGAAAUGAAAACCAUUUUAACUGAAGAGGAUGAGGUCAAAUUUAAGUCGUUCUGCCCAAAGCACAGCACUGAGAAGAAAGUAGAGGACACCAACUUAUGUGAGAGUAAAAAUGAAUUGAAUGGAGCAUCUAAGCCUACUCCAGCACACCCUGGCCAUUUGCAAAGUUUAGAACUUUCUCAACAGGAAACCAAACAAGGAAGCCAACGGAAACUCAAGCUCCAGCAACUUGAAGAUGGUUUCUAUACAUUUGUCAAUGUUCAAGAUGUGAGUCAGGCAAUGAAGAUUCCCCUUGAUUUAACUGAAUUUAUUUACCAGUACUGGAAACUGAAGAGAAAAACUAACUUCAACAAGCCACUCAUAACUCCCAAGAAAGACGAGGAAGAUAAUCUGGCAAAACGAGAGCAAGAUGUGCUGAUUCGAAGACUGCAGCUCUUCACCCAUCUGCGUCAGGAUCUUGAAAGGGUAAGAAAUCUUACUUACAUGGUGACCAGGCGAGAAAAAAUUAAACGAUCUGUUUGUAAAGUCCAGGAGCAGAUAUUUAAUCUUUAUGCAAAACUUGUGGAGCAAGAGGGAACUGCUGUUGUGUCCUCUGAGAGUAUGCUGCUGUUUAACACUGAACCUUCUGAUCCAGAUGCCCCAAAGAUUGAAGAUUUGAAAUGGCAUUCAGCUUACUUCAGAAAGCAGUUGGGUCCCUCAUUGGGCCGCUCCUUGAAAUUGUCUCAUAAAAAGAGCCGUGAGAAAGGUAGCUCAAGAAGCACCAGCAAACCAUUUCACAUGGGUUCACACUUUUAUAAUCAGAGAAAAGAUGUACAGUCUUCAGACUGCUCUUCCUCUUAUGAAAAGGUUAUAGCACACAGUACGCCAAUGCAACGUAAAAAUGGGACUAGUGUACCGGAGCACAGGAAGAGACGCGACGGUCGUAAUACUGUAUGUGACAUGGAUAAGUCAGAGCUUAAACAAAAGCUUCCUAAACCACAGCAAAAACCUUUAAAGUCUGCAGAUGUCCACGAUAGGCAGGCUGACAAUAAGCGAACAGUCAGCCAGUGUGGUGGGAAGUCUUCUGUUGGAUCAGUCACAAAGAGGUCCUCUGGAAACAGUUUGCCUAAGUACAGUGGCUCCUUGAUUAAAAUACAUUGUAACCAAUCUGUCAAAGUGCCUACAAGUCCUGUUAAAAACUGGGGUGGAUUCCGAAUUCCAAAGAAAGGGGAAAGACUGCAACACCAGCCACAAGGAGAAAAAGUCGAAGUAUGUCAGCCAAACUUAAACUGUCAAAACUCGGGUCGGGUUUCUCAAAAUGAAAGGAUAAAAAAUAAACUAAAAGUAGACAGUGAAAAUGAUGGAUACGUUCCAGAUGCAGAACUGAGUGACUCUGAGCCAGAAUCAACUGAGAAGUGUCAUCUACAAAGGCUAGCGUCAAGCAGCACACUCGGUCGAGUAUAUGACACAGAAAUUAUUAGGAGAAGCAUCCUAGCAUCUUGACUGGAGUGUUUUGCUGAGGUCUCAGUGUUCUCACUGUAGGAGUUACUUCUUGCAAAUCAUGCACUUAAAGUUUUUGUAUACACAGGAGAAUAGGAAUGAGUUGGUUACACACAUCUAUGAAGUGAUGUCUUUUACGCUCUUUCUAUAUUCCAACUUAUUUACUUGCACUUGAACAUCUGUUUUUUUAUCUCCAAUAUUUUCUUCAGCAGUUUAGUUGAAGAAAAGUAGCUGUCAUACACGGCAGUUGUCUUUUUGUAGGUUUACAUGGGGGUAGGUUGCACUGGUUUUGCUUUUGUAAGCCCCGCUUAAAGCACAGGGUAGAAUGAAUGAUAUACAACAGUUGACUUUUAGGUACAUUAUCCUACACUUCUGACCCACUUUAUUUCCUUGCUCUGCAGUAUAUGCGCUCUUCAGGCAUGGAUUCAUCAUGUUGUUUACUUGCUAUGCUUUAUUUAGCACGCUGCUUAACAUUUGGAGAUAUUAAAUCGGAUUACACCAGACAUAUUUUUCACUUCAUAAAAUAAGAGUUCAAAUUGUUGCUCCCUUUUGAUUGUGUAACAAAAUCAUGUUUGGGCAGCUAAAUUAAUAGGGAAUUCAAAACAUACAUCUUGUACAACAUUGAAUGAAUGAAUAUAUAUAUAUAUAUAUAUAUAUAUAUAUAUAUAUAUAUAUAUAUAUAUAUAUAUAUAUAUAUAUAUAUAUAUAUAUAUAUAAUAUUACAUAAAUUUAAACACACAUACAUUUUUUAUUUUUUCUAUUUUAACAUAGCAAAAGGUACCUGCUAGUGUUUUCAGAGUCUGACACCUACAACAUACCAGUUGCUGUAGCAAUUAGUUUCCAUGUAGGGAGAACCACCAUUGCUAUUAACCAGUAGUCAUGCAUAGUAUUGGAACUUGUUAUUUUGGAUGACUACCAAACAUUAAAUACUGUUGUGAAAUCAAACUAGGAGUGUAAUCCUCUUGUGGGAAAUAUAGCAGCUUGGUAUAUUUUAAGCAUGCUUAGCGUAGGAUAAGCUCUGUAACUGGCACUCAUGCAGUGUUGUUUCAUUUUCUGAUAAUACCUAAAUACAGACAAACCAGGAAUGUAUACAAAAUACAGAUGCAAAUAUUCUUGUAUAUAGUAUGCAGGUGGAAUUUUCUCUUAAAAAAAAAAAAGGAAAAAAAAAAGAUGAGACCUAAACAUUCUGUGUGGUUCACUAUUUUAUUAUGUAAACAUGCAUUCCAGUUUUCUGUUUGUAUCUUUAGUUUGAUUUAUUUUCUAAUGAAUGUAGUUAAAUUGAACACAGUCCGUAAUAGCAUUUUUUUUUUCUAAAUCAUGUAAAUCUUGACAAUCUGUUAUUGGCCUAUGUGUUACUGAACAAGAUUUGUGAUGACACUGUUGGGCUUAGGGCUAACACUGUUAAAUCUUCUUUGGUCACAAGAUUAAAUUGAAGUGAUGAGCAUUAUGCAAAAAUCAUUUUCCAAA